GAAUCACUGACCACCUGUGUGUCCUGUACCUAGUUAGUACCUAUUCAUUUGUGAGUUGUGUUAUCACUGAAUUGACAAAAUAAUUUCAUUUCAAUCUAAACAAAGAGUCGCUGUUGUGAAUUUUGGAUAGUUUUUAUUGUUUUAUAAAAUAUAAUACUUUAGUUAUGUCAUAUCAACUCUAUAGAAAUACUACUAUUGGCAAUACAUUGCAGGAAAGCCUUGAUGAACUAAUUCAAUAUGGACAAAUAACACCGACAUUGGCCGUUAAAGUAUUAUUACAAUUCGACAAAUCUAUUAAUCAAGCAUUAUCGAGCAGGGUAAAAUCUAGAUUAACCUUCAAAGCUGGAAAAUUAAAUACAUAUAGGUUUUGUGAUAAUGUUUGGACUUUUAUGUUAAAUGAUGUUGAAUUCAGAGAAGUUCAUGAAGUGGCAAAAGUGGAUAAAGUUAAAAUAGUGGCCUGUGAUGGCAAAAAUGUGGAGGACCGUAGAUAAUGUUACUUAGAUUUAUACUGCCCUUUGUCAUUAUAUGAUGGACUUAUUACCUAAAUAAAUUAUUUAAGUAUCCAAAAA